GGUGCUUUUCCUUUCAUUUCAUUCAUCAGAAACCUCCGUAAACCAUAGAGGAGAAACAUCUUAUCUUCUCAAUUACAUUUGAGUUUUUGAAAUGGCUGUGAACCUUUUAUCUUAUGACAAUGCAGAUGAUGAUUACAUUGACAUGGAAGUGAGCUCAUACUCCAAUUUCUUUAGCAAAACCAUGGCUACAAACUCUCCUCCACACCCGAGGGAGUUUGAGUUCCAGAUGUCUUCAACUUGCCUUGAAAGGGAACCUUCAACUUCACCUGCUGAUGAGCUUUUUUACAAAGGAAAACUCCUUCCUCUUCACCUUCCACCGCGUCUGCAAAUGGUUGAAAAACUCCUUGAGAACACAAAUUGUGUUUAUGGUAACAGCAAGGGUGCAUUUGAUCAAGAUUUCUAUAGCACCCCUUUGGCAACUACCCUCACCACACCAACUGCAGCUAGUACCCCAUUUGAGUCCUGCAAUAUUUCACCCUCCGAAUCUUGUCAAGUUAGUCGAGAGCUGAAUCCAAAUGAGUACUUUUUUGAGUACACCACAGAUGAAGUUAGUGGUUUAAUUGGGGAAAAUCAGAAGAAGUCCUGGACUAAAAAGCUUAAGCUGAUCAAACAAGCUGCUAUUGGUUCAAAGUUGAGGGCUUCCAGGGCUUAUUUCAAGUCUUUGUUUGGUAAAUCCGGUUGCUCCGAUGAGUCUUGUACAGCUGCAACCAAAGUUUCAAGUGAAGGACAGGUUUCAAAGGCUAAGGAGUGUUUAAAUAACCAUGUGAAUGCAGCAAAGAAAAAUCCAUUCGGACAAAUUCGUAAGUGUAAAUACCAAAUUUCUGGUGGUUUAGUGAGAAGUUUUGAUAAAGGAGAGAUUACUGAAGAAAGUGCAAAUUGCCAUAGGAGAUCAUUCUCAAUGGUUAUCAAGCGGCACUCGACAAAGAAGUCCUCAUCCUCCUCCUCAUCAUCCGGCUCUUCUUCGUCCUCAAGCUCAAAUGACUCUAACGGGUUCCAUGAGCUCCAAUUCCUCAAAAGAAGUAGCAGCAGUGCUUAUUCAGAGUUUGAGAAUUCCAUUCAGGGAGCAAUUGCGCAUUGCAAACAGUCUCAGCAGCUAUUCCAUUCCAGAAAGGCUCUAAGUGAAGUUGGGUUUCAUUCUUUUUCGACUUCCAGGAUUACAGUUUGUGAUGAUCAAGACAGACCAGACCUUUGCAGGGGCUAAAAGAGAGAGGAAAACUAAGAACAAUGUUAAAUAUUUUUUAUUCGUGUGCUCCAAUUUUCUUCUUUCAUAAUUUUGACAUGGAUAUGCUUUGAUUUAGAGGGGAGAAAAAAGAAGAAGAAAAUUAUCCAUGUUGUCCUGGAUUGUUGACAGUGUUCAUCCUGUAGAAGUUUCUGAAGUGCCCUAUAAAAUGUCUUUACUUUUGCUGGCA